AUGUCUACUUACCAAGCCGAAGCUUACCACGACAUUCAUACUCAACAAGCCUCUCACUAUCCAGUCAUUCAACAACCACCACAACCCACAGCAGGCAAUUACCCACACACGACUUCCUAUUUUGCCAAUGAUCAAUGUUCAUACAUUCCAUCUCAACCAUCUUUGAAAUCAUCACUCAAAGAUUUAGUCAUGCCUUUCAAAUUUCAACGUUUUAUUGGAGGAUCCCUCGCAUCACUCGUUUUAAUUUUGAGUUAUGUCUUGAUGGCCAUCUAUUUGAUUUAUUGGGUUGUGAGUUUGAAUGUCAUGUAUUAUAGCGGUUUUAACGCCGUCUAUGCAACAUUCAUCUUGUUGAUUUCGUUAGUGGUUUCGGGAUUGACCUUUUUGUUCGGAGUAACUUUUAUGAGAAUGAUUGUAGAAUUAUUCCUGAGUGUCUAUGCGAUGAGAGAAAAGCAAUUAAAUUCAUCUCAUCAAGUUUAA